AGCAUGAAGUCAGCUCUGCUUCUCCUCCUUACCUUGACUGUGGUCAUUAGCACAGCCUGGGCACUCCGAUGUCACGUGUGCACCAACACUAUGAACUGUAAGCAACCUCAGACCUGUCCGGCCAGCUCCCAAUAUUGCAAAACUGUCACCACAGUGGAGCCUCUGAGUGGGAACCUGGUGAAGAAAGAAUGUGCAGACUCAUGCACCGCCAACUACAGCCAGCACGGCCAAGUCAGCAGUGGUUCCGGGGUCACACACUGCUGCCAGGGUGACCUGUGCAAUGAGAUGCUGUACAGUGCUGCGCCUGUACCUGCCCUGCUCAGCAGUGCCACCCUGGGCCUGGCAGUGAGCCUGAGCCUCCUCGCUCUUAUGGUUCUCAACAUAUAACGCACCGCUUCAGUCCUGGUUCCCAGGGUUCCCACGGCCCAUCCUUGGUCAUGAUGGAGGCUAAGGCU